GUUUUAUACAACAAAUCUAGCUGCUAGUCCAAAUAUCAAAUUACAUAUGGAAUCCCUCAGCGAAGAGCACGCUAAGAAAAUGCAACAAGCUUUUGUACAUGCAUCUAAUCAUUGUCUCAGAUUCAUGAACACUAUGACCGUUAGAUGUGCAAUUGACUUGAACAUACCAGAUAUCAUACACAAGUAUGGCCAACCCAUGCCACUCUCACAACUCGUUGCUUCACUACCAAUCCACCCAUCAAAGACUAGCUUCAUCUACCGCUUAAUGCGAAUUUUGGCUCAUGAUGGUUUCGUCUCUCUUCACAAAGACAUUGAAAAUGAGCAAGAAGUAAGAUAUGAGUUAACUGAUUCAGGUAAACUGAUCGUUACGGAUCAUCCCUUGAGUUUUGCAUUUGGGUACAAAUUUUUACUUGACCCGAGUUUGAUUCAAUCAUGCUGUCAACUAUCAACAUGGUUCACAAAAGAAGACCCUAGUCCAUUUCACACAGCAAAUGGGAUGUCAUUUUGGGAUUAUACUGAGCGUGAGCCCAAAAUGAAUGACAUGUUCAAUUAUGUCCUGAAACUUAAAAAUCAAUUACAUUCUAAUGUGGUGAUUGAAAAGUUCAUGAGCGAGCAAGUGUUCAAGGGAUUGGAGUCAUUAGUUGAUGUUGGAGGAGGAACUGGGACCUUCACUAUGGAAAUUGCUAAGUUAGUCCCCCAACUCAAGUGUACUGUAUUUGAUCUCCCACGUGUUGUUGCUAACUUGCAAGGAACUCAGAACGUAAAAUAUGUUGGAGGGGACAUGUUUGAAGCAAUUCCUUCCGCUGAUUCCAUUUUGAUGAUGAAUAUAUUGCACGACUGGAACGAUGAGGAUUGUGUAAAGAUACUAAAAAAGUGCAAGGAGGCAAUACCUAUCUACGGAAAGGUUAUCAUCAUAGAUGCAGUGUUGGAGAAAGAGACAGAAAAUGAAAAUAUAAUUGACCAACAAUUGUGGUUUGAUAUGGAAAUGAUGGUGCUUUAUGGAGCAAAAGAAAGAAAUGAGAAAGAAUGGGCCAAUCUGAUUUCCUCCAGUGGUUUCCAUAACUACAAGAUAACUCCAACUUCUGGUUUAUUCUCUAUCAUUGAGGUUUAUCCUUAGUCUCACCAGUACAACAAUGCAAGAGAAGGACCACACUAUAUGCCAUUCUUCAUUAUGUACACUGUCUGUUGAGGAUUCAUCUCAUUGAUAGGGAAUUUGCCAUAUCUUUUGUGGCAAGCAUUGAAUAAAUUGUCAACUAUUUGCUGUUUUAUUUUGGCUUGAUUUUGUAUUCCUUUGACAUAGCCAGUUAAUGGUUAUUUGUUAUGUGAUUUGCAAAAAUAAUAAGUGUACGGUAUCAUCAAAUAAUAAAUUAUCUUUCUUAUCA